CGCCAGGCUCAGGGCAGCACGCCUUCGGUUCCAGGAGUGUCCCCGGAGCCCCGCCGCCAUGAAGCUCACCGCCGCCUUCCUGGUGCUCUGCGUGGCCCUGCUCGGCCAGUACACUGCAGCCUUCUUCAUGGGCUCGAGGGUCAAGCCCGAGGUCCCAGAGGUACCCGUCCUCACCCCUGCUGUGGCGGCCGGGGCCGCGGCCCUGCCAGGGGACCUGCCCACCCCUGGCCUGAGCUUCAACCCCCUCGUGCUCCUGAAGCUCUUGCUGACCAGCCUGGGCAUCCCGGUGCACCACCUGGUGGAGGGCUCCAGGAAGUGUGUGGCCGAGUUGGGCCCCGAGACUGUGGGGGCCCUGCAGUCACUGCUGGGAGUCCUGACAUUCUUGGGCUGAGAAGCAGCUGAGGAUCCCUGCCUGGGGACGGGAUGCUGCCACCUUCGGGCCGGCCCCCGCGCUGGCCCCCACCCUGCACCCUUCCCUCCUCUCAAUAAACGCUUAAG